UAGUGCAAGGUGUGACUUCAACAUGGAUUCUCUCUACUAUUUUACUAUCCUAUCAGUGUGUUUUAUUAUUGGGUCAGAAGGAACAGCCAAAGGGUCCAUCCCAAGUCAUCUUCUAGACUGUUACACACAGCCACCUCCCUCCCUCUUACCACUGACUGCCAACACUCUGGUGGAGAUCGUCAGGAAGAUACAAUUUAACUCCUUCACACCUGUCAGCAUGGCACAGGAGGCUGCAGAUCUCUUACACUGGUUUUCCAUAGAUGGGUUGGAACGAGACCCGAAUGCUGUUCCAAAGGGGCAAGAAGUUGUUCCGUACCAUCAAACUGGCUUCCAAGCUCUAAGGCAAGAUUUACUCUUCAAAAGGUUGAUCCCAAUAAAAAGAAGAUCAUUUGCUGCUUACUCUCUCUCAGUGUCUGAAAAGUGCACAUUACAUGCUAUGAUGUCAGCAAUGGUGGAUCCUUGGGAGAGAGGAAAUGAAAUUAAAACUUGUCCAAAUUCAUUUGAAAAGUUUCGGAGUUCCAAGUCCAACCAGGAUCGAGCCAGAUUCAGCAGUUGUCCAGUGGAGGGAGGGGUGGUGCAGGUGGGAAUGAAAGCCGUGAGUGUCUCGCGUGUCUUGGCUGGUCUUACAGCUGCCCUCACACCACAGCAGGUGGCACUACAGAACGUCAUGCCUGCUGAUCAACUCUGGACUGGUACUGUAGACAACAUAUGGGCAGCCACUCUUGCAGGUCAAUUGAACCAAUGCGCACAUCCAAGGGGAGAAAGUUCGGAGGGUUGUAUCCCUCACCCUUCCACUGUUACAAAUUUUCAAGGAGACCUGGCUGAGGUAGCGGUACUACAGGCACCCCAGUAUAACAUGGAUGUUAGUAUAGGCGUAGCUGAGAUGUGGAAUGAUACCUUCAUACCAACACAGCUUUACUUCAACAGUGUGCCUUACUACUUGAUUGAAAAACGCAGCUGGCAGAUAACUAAUGCUGAAAUAUUAGGUGGCAUUGAUGGUUUAUUACUUGGAAGAAACGCAAUGAGAAUGAAGAACCAGAUGCCAGAGCUCAGAUUGUCCCAAUUCCUAGACAUGUAUUUCUUAGCAACAAGGUCUGGUGAAGGCUUCCUUCCUUGCUCAAGACUUACUGCUUUUAGUAAUGGCAUCAGAGAUAUAAAGGAAAUAUUAAUCGAACAGACCAAAAACUUUGCUCUUCUACUAACGACUGUAGCAACAACCUACUUCACGGACAGUGCAAUAAUUACAGAGAGAUGUGUUAAAAUUGUUGAAAAGUUCCUACGUUACUUCCAUGAAGAGUUUCAUGUAGAGAAAUGUCCACCACAAGAUUCAGUUGUUCCCAGGUUGAACCUAAUUAUGGUUAUAGAUGCAACCUGGCCAUUCUAUACCUUACUACAGUUUUUUGUUUCCCUAACAAACAGAGCUGACGUCAACUACUAUGGAAGCAGUGUUACAGCCAUCAAGGGGGACUCUACUGAUGUGAUAGUAAACUCAACAUCGAGCCCUGUCUCCUUAUAUCAACAGCUCUUGUUUUAUGGUCAACAUGGGGAAGAUGUAACAGGACUGAUACUACAGAAAUCACUCCUUUCAGUCAGAAAUAUUAUAGAGAGGGACAACAAAAAUGAGAAAGUCCUAAAGUAUCCAAGAAGAGCCAAACAGGACAUUGUGGUAAUCCUUGGCCACUCUUCGACAAUUAAUGAUAAAGACUUUGAAAUAUCUGAAGAUAUCUUAAGUAUUCUAAAGAAAGAGAAUCCAGCCUCGAGGUUCAUUUACCUAACGAGCUACACAAACGCACAAAGAUUUAGAAGAUUGGUUGCAGUUCCUCGCUCUCACCUAGACACUAUUAUUACCACAGAGAACUCCCAGAUAGAAGUGGUACUCCCUAAACUUCUUAAUUCAUUGCAUUCAGAGAGAAUUUUGAAACCUGCCUACUGUCAGAAUAAUUACCACCACUGGCCUGAGUCCAUGUAUGAGGAAUAUAUCACACCAGGAGAAACCAUCUCUUACUGGAUUCAUCCAGAUUAUUUAUGUGGAUCUCUAGAAAUCGUGAAAAUUACGUUCAAGAACUACGAUCACGGGGAGCUCCAUGUAUGCAUGUCAAGAGACAAAAAGGAACAGGGCGACUGUAAACACGUGGAGGCCAGUGAAGAUGUGACACAUGCUUUGCUGCGCCCUUGUCAGAAGGUUGGAGCGCCAGUCUGGCAGUGGGACCAGGGCUGCAGACCUGUCUACUUUACCGUAUCUGUCACUAGGUCUUACAGCAAGUGUACAGGAUAUGAGUGCAGAUACCCAGACCAAGUCAGGUUCAGCAUUGUAGUGCAAGAUCUACAUUGUAUUAAUCUCAAUUACGCAGUCUGCUCUGGAGUGGGACAUGUUAUAUCGCCCAGUUACAUGUUUGGUGUAUCAAUACUAAUUUUUAUAAUGGUGUUCAGUAAUAGAUAAACUCUACUCUCAAAAGAACGUAGCCAGGAAAAUGAUUUUGGGGGUCCAGACAACUGAUAUUUUCCCAUAGUGGACAGAGAGUAAGGGUCCCGUUUUGUUCCUUAAAAAGUUCUUGACCUGUUUCUUUGUUGAAAAUUUGGGGGUUUUUAAUACUCUUUGGACCCUCUUGCUGGCUACCUCAUUUUACUCUUAUUAGAUAUGUAGGUGAAUAUUUGUACCACAGCAAGUUUCAACAGACUAGGAUGAUUGUCAAUUUGAAUUUUAUAAAUGAUAUAACAGAAUGAAGUAUUAUAAAUGUCAGCUGGAUCAA